ACUGCUGCCACCCACAACCCCAACCCUCUGGAAGAUCUGCCAUCUGAGUGUAGGGUGGGUUUUGCACUUCCCGGGACCUGGGUCGAGCCAUACGUCUGUCUCUCCACCCCCAGGAUUACAACAAAAACCCGCCAUGCCUCUGGGAACACCUGCCUCCCAAAACAAGCGGAAAACGCUCUCCAAGAUCAUAACUGACCUAUCACAUAUCACUCAGGAUGAGUAUGAGUUGGAGCCAGAGGCAUCUGAGCUCGACCUGGGAACAAAGAUCAGGACUCCCAAAGAUAUCAUGCUAGAGGAGCUUUCCCUGCAGAACAACCGAGGAUCCAAGAUGUUCAAGAUGAGGCAGAAGAGAGUGAAUAGGUUCAUUUACGAGAACAACCCAGACAUCUUCAGCAGUGAGUCUAUGGACAACCUCCAGAAGUUGGUUCCCUCUCUGGGUGGUCAGGUGGGAGGUCAGAUAAUAACUGUCGGUGGGCAUUUUGUUAGCAAAGACGUUGGACAGCUGCAUUUUGUAGGGCUAAAUACUGGAGGUGGGGCCCCUGUGCCUCCUCCAAAGCCUGGAAGCAAAGGUGCAGGAGCAGGAGGAGCAGGAGGAGCAGGAGGUGCAGGAGGAGCAGGAGAACUGGGUGGGGGCGACCAUGGAAAAGGUGGAGAAGGAGAGUGGUCUCCACUCAAAGGAGGUGGAGGGGAUGCUAAUAAGAAGGGCAUGCAUGUGAAGACAUUCAUAUCGCCAUGGGAGAAGGCCAUGAAGGGUGAUGAAAAUCUGAUAGCCACUCUGAAAGUUACAAUGCCUGGUCCCAUUGAUAAAAAGGAUAUGCCCAAAUGGAAAUGCUUCAACAGGUCUGCCAUACCCUACGGUGGCUUCGAGAAGGCCAACCAGUUCCUGAAAUUCCAGCUGCCAGAAACUGAGACCAAACAGGAGCCUGAACCCGCAGUGGUGUACCAACAUGAUAUUGGCUGCCGGCCUUCCUUCAACCGCACUCCUAUUGGCUGGGUGGGCAGCAGUGAGCCCAGCAGCAUUCAUAUGGAGACGGAUGCUGUACCCUUCGAUGGAGAGACCGACGAGCUGUGAAAAAAUAUUCAUACAGUGAUUGCACUUACUGUGCACAUACACAAACACACACACACACACACGCAUGAAUGAAUGCAUGCAUACAUGUUAGCAUGCACAAGCACACAAUAGAAAAGCUUACAACUAACUGUUAUACUGAUGAAUUUGAAUCUCUCAGUGUGGAUAACUAAAAGCGUACAUGAAUUGUGGUCAUGUUCUUAUUUUGCUCUGUAUUUGGUUGUAAGGCAAAGAAACGAGCUAUAGAUGUUAUGGGGAGAGGAAAUAUCAAACGUUUAUUUGUUAAGUUCAUAAGUUGAGUCUAAACACUCCUUAAAUUAGUCAGAAAAGGUGGUGUGAAGUUGCAGAUUUUGUCAAUGAGGAAAGAAUGAAUUGCGUAUGAAGGACAGAUUUAUGUUAUGUAAUGUCUUAAUGUCAACCUGUUGCCAUAUUUGUUAUUUCCCAGUGCCUAUUUUGUUGUUAAGAUUCUCUGAUCUUUUGUUGAGCUACGAACCCUACACACCUGUCUAAGUCGGGAUGCAUGCAUAGAGUCAGUUGCUGAUCCAUUGACCUGCUGUACCAACACAGUUUCUCCACAAUAAACCCCUUUAAACUGUA